AAGAUUGUCCAUCGCGGCUUUUCCUUCACACAGGAAGCUAACAAACGCACAAGAACUUUCGAAGAUCGCUGUUAGGAUAAUGUGUCGUUGAGAAAAAGCUUCAGAAAUUUGGUUACUCCUUGUAAGAAUCUUGGCGUUGAGGCUUCAAAAGAGGGAGAAUUUCGGUGAACAGUAUCAUUGAAGAGAUUGAUGGAGAAUAAUGUUGAUAUUGAAAGCGAGGGAACAGAGAAGAUGGAGAGAAAUGGAUCGGCUUUUGAUGAAAGAGAUAUGAUACGAGAGCCACUGCUAUUGAAGAGCAGAGUCAAUACGACGUCGCAGAUUGCCAUCGUUGGUGCUAAUGUUUGUCCCAUCGAGUCUCUUGAUUACGAAAUUGUAGAAAAUGAUCUCUUUAAGCAGGAUUGGAGAUCCAGGAAGAAGGUACAGAUAUUUCAAUAUGUUGUCUUGAAAUGGACGCUAGUACUUCUUAUAGGAUUAGCUACAGGGCUUGUAGCCUUCUUCAAUAACAUCGCAGUGGAGAACAUUGCUGGAUUCAAACUUCUUCUAACCAGCAAUCUUAUGCUUAAGCAAAAUUAUUACCAGGCAUUUGCAGCAUUGGCUGGUUGUAAUGUGGCUCUUGCAACUUGCGCUGCAGUUCUUUGUGCUUAUAUUGCCCCAGCAGCAGCUGGUUCUGGGAUCCCUGAGGUUAAAGCUUAUCUCAAUGGUGUUGAUGCCCAUUCUAUUCUGGCUCCAAGCACCCUCUUUGUAAAGAUUUUUGGAUCAAUUUUUGGAGUUGCUGCUGGAUUUGUUGUGGGAAAAGAAGGACCCAUGGUUCACACUGGUGCUUGCAUAGCCAACUUACUUGGACAGGGAGGUUCUCGCAAGUAUCAUAUCACAUGGAAUUGGCUUAGAUUUUUCAAAAAUGAUAGGGACCGAAGGGAUUUGAUCACAUGUGGAGCUGCUGCUGGUGUUGCGGCUGCCUUUCGUGCCCCAGUCGGUGGAGUCCUCUUUGCUCUUGAAGAAGCAGCCUCAUGGUGGCGGAGUGCUCUUCUUUGGAGAACUUUUUUCACUACUGCUGUAGUGGCUGUGGUUUUGAAGUCUCUCAUAGAAUAUUGUAAAAACGGGCAGUGUGGGUUAUUUGGGGACGGAGGUCUCAUCAUGUUCAAUAUCAAUAAUUCCAUACCUGCUUAUAAUACCAUAGAUCUCCUGGCCAUUAUGCUACUUGGAAUUAUUGGAGGAAUUUUUGGAAGCAUCUACAAUUAUCUUGUUGACAAGGUCUUGCGUACUUAUAGCAUCAUCAAUGAGAGAGGUCCUGGUUUUAGGGUGCUUCUGGUCAUUAUCAUUUCAAUCCUAACUUCUUGUUGUGCCUAUGGUGUUCCCUGGCUUGCAAGGUGCAUUCCUUGCCCCUCAAAUUUGAAGGAAGAAUGCCCCACGAAAGGCCGUUCUGGGAGCUACAAAAGCUUUCAAUGUCCAGAUGGUCACUAUAAUGAUCUUGCUUCCCUUUUACUAACCACCAAUGAUGAUGCCAUUCGAAGCUUGUUCAGUUCCCUUAAUACAAAUGAAUUUCGCAUAACUAGUCUUAUUUUCUUCUUCGUUGCCAUGUACUUCCUCGGAAUCAUAACAUAUGGCAUUGCAAUUCCUUCUGGGCUCUUUAUCCCUGUAAUUCUUGCUGGAGCAUCCUAUGGCCGUCUUGUUGGCAGACUCCUUAGUCCCAUUGCCAAUCUUGAUGUUGGUCUCUUUGCCUUACUUGGAGCUGCCUCAUUUCUUGGUGGCACAAUGAGAAUGACAGUAUCCCUCUGUGUUAUACUUCUUGAGCUCACUAAUAAUCUUCUCAUGCUUCCAUUGAUGAUGCUCGUCCUCCUUAUUUCAAAAACCGUGGCCGAUUGCUUCAACAAGGGAGUCUAUGACCAAAUUGUAGUAAUGAAGGGAUUACCGUUUCUAGAAGCACAUGCUGAGCCAUAUAUGAGACAGUUGGUGGCAGGUGAUGUUGUUUCCGGGCCUUUGAUAACUUUCUCUGGUGUCGAGAAAGUGGGUAACAUUGUGCAUUCGUUAAGGAUGACAUCACACAACGGUUUUCCAGUUAUUGAUGAGCCACCUAUUUCUGAUGCCCCUGAACUAUGUGGGCUUGUUUUGAGAUCUCACUUGCUUGUUUUGCUCAAAGGAAAGAUAUUCACGGCACAUCGGCGUUUGAGUGGAGCUGAAACGUUAAAAAGGUACCAUGCCUUUGAUUUCGCAAAGGCAGGGUCGGGGAAAGGCCUCAAGCUCGAGGAUUUGGAGAUUAAUCCCGAGGAGAUGGAGAUGUAUGUUGACCUCCAUCCUAUCACCAAUACAUCACCAUAUACCGUGGUCGAGACCAUGUCUCUAGCAAAAGCUGCGGUUGCUUUUAGGGAGCUCGGCCUUCGGCACUUGUGUGUAGUGCCAAAGACUCCUGGGAGGCCACCAAUAGUUGGUAUCUUGACACGGCAUGAUUUCAUGCCAGAGCACAUUUUGGGACUCUACCCACACAUCGACCCACACAAGUAGAUGAGGAGGAGUAAACCGGGAGCUACCAUCAUACGAAGGCAGCAUUGUGUGUCUAUCACUGUUAUGAAUUCAUGAGACUACAUGAUGCGGUUUCGUCAAGUGUCAAAUAUGCCGGUAACGUCAACAAAACAUGGUCUUGAUCUGGGAAUAAUGUUAUUCUUUAAUGAAGUGCAAAAAUAAAUUUUAAAAAUAUUGGUUUGAAAGUGUUUAUUUUUAUUCUUUGUACUUUUUUUUGAGGGAGAGAAGGAGAAAAAUAGAGGGUUGUAUGGAUGUAUUAUUGAUUGUAGGCAGUGGAGAUCGUAUUGUUUUCCAAUUAUAAGAACAUAAACUUAAACUAUAUGUCAAUAAUAUGUUGUGAUAAGUUUCUCUUUUAA